AUGGCUGCUGAACCUGAAGCAAAAUUUGCCAUACAUGAGGCUGCCCGUGAAGGCAAAACUUCGGUGGUGGAAUCACUGUUGAAUGCAAAUCCAAAACUUGCUUCGCGCAAAGACGACGAUGAACGUCUACCGAUACACUGGGCUGUGGCAUAUAACCGAUUACCAAUCGUCGAAUUACUUGUCUCGAAUAAAUACUUUGAUCCCGAUGUCACGGAUGGAUCCGGUUGGACGCCGCUCAUGAUCGCUGCGAGUUUGAAAAAUGCGGAAGGAGACGCUAUAAUCGAUUUAUUACUACGCAAGGACGCUGAUGUCAAUAUUAAGAGUGUGUCUGGUCAAAAUGCUCUUCACUUCGCAGCUUCCAAGGCCAAUCUAUCCACUGUCAAAACCCUCGUCGCCCACAAAUGCAGUGCGCGAGUCAAAGACAGACGAGGCCAACUUGCAUUACAUCGUGCUGCAGCCGUUGGCUCGACUCCUAUAUUGAAGAUAUUACUUGAUGAGGGCAAGAGUCCCGUUAAUGCUACCGAUGUGGACGGUUUGACGGCAUUACAUCAUGCCAUUUCCGAAGGCCAUGGUGAUGCGGCAAUUUUGUUGAUGAAGGCCGGCGCUGACCUUGAAAAGAGAGACGGUGAGGGAAAUCUAGCUAUUGACUUGGCACCUGAUACCAAGGUUCGGAAAUAUAUUCUACAGACUGCAGAGCGCGAAGGCAUAGAAUUGCCUUGA